AAAUUUUGGCACACCGAAUAACAAAAUUCGAAUUAAGUGGAGUUGCCUUACCAAAAUUGACAAACUGAACUUUGCGAUUUAACCAAGUUAGGCAGAAGGCGAUGGUCGGACGGUGCAGUCUGUCCCGCGUCUCAGCAGAGGUGUUGGUGGCGGCCAACGGAAGCGCCACGGCUCAGGACAUCAAGAGCAGGGGACAUGCAGAGAAGCAACACAACCAGAGAUGUAUAUAAUGACUGACAGCGAACAAAUUGUUUGUACCGUGUAUACAGGAAGUUAAGAGUAGAAAAAACGAACAGAUGUGCAGUUUGCUGGUUCAUCUGCUAAGCUGGCGGCGUGUGAAAACAUAUCUUCUCCAUUUCUCCAGCCAGAGCCAGAGAUUCGACUAGUCAACUUAUUUGGUGCCCUGAUCCCAAGAUUAAGGGCACAUCAUAUCCUACUGCACCAUAGUGUUUAGUUGGAAUUCUAUGGCAAACCUGUGUCUCUGUUGUAUAAUUUUUUACGGGUCUUGAAGAAUAUGUUUAUUUUGCCCCGGUUGAUCAUGUGCCGAAGGCUUUCUUUUUCUUCAGGAAAAGCAAUUAUUUCCGUGUUCCGGACCAAAAUAAGUAAACACACUGAGCUAUCUCUGGAAACGAAGUGGAGUUCUUUCAGUUUGGUGCAUUGAGACAAGCAAAAUGCGGGUUGAUUCAUUCCAGAAAGUAACACUCUUCCCCUUGUGUUUUAGUGGAAAAGUCGGUCAACAAUGUACAUUGUCCCUCUUGAUGUGUUGGACGUGUAGUUGUGUACCAAUCAAAUGGCCUCACUUUUCUCCGGUAGGACCCACCAUAUUGACCGAAAACCAAACGUGUAAUAGACUCUGGUACUAUUUGUUCUUAAUUUCUUUGGCACUUGCCUUGAUUAUUCAUAUUUCAUAACCCACCCGGCCAUCCCUGAGAGAAAGGCGCCUCCACCAUGCUGCCUCGCUACCUAUUACUCUGCCUCAUCUUCCUCAUCCCAGCCUCCGCCUCCUACACCAACGACGGCUUCACCUACGAUGGUUUCUCUAGUGGCAUGCUCCGGUUUGAUGGUGUAGCUUCAAUCUCAAGCAGAGCUCUCAUGCUAACCGAUGGUGUUGCCCAGAGUGUAGGACGCGCUUUCUUCGGAGGCCGGUUUGACUCUAUUUCCUCAUUCUCAACAACCUUCGUGUUCGUCAUCAGUCCUCCUUACUCUGAUUUAGGCGGGCAUGGGCUUGCCUUUACGGUUUCUGCCACGACGGACUCUUUAUUGGGCGCCUCCCCGUCUCAGUACAUGGGCAUCUUCAACCCUGAAAACAACGGCAAUGUGACAAAUCAACUCUUUGCCGUCGAGCUUGAUACCAUCCAAAAUCCCGAAUUCAGGGAUAUUAAUAGUAACCAUGUUGGAAUCGAUGUAAACACCUUGGUGUCUAUCAAUUCCCAUCCUGCUGGAUACUAUACCCCAGAUGGCAAUUUCACUGAUUUGCUACUUAUUAGUGGAAAACCGAUGCAAGUAUGGGUGGAUUAUGAUGACAGUUCACACCAAGUGAAUGUCAGUUUAGCACCUUACCUAGAGCAGAAGCCUCAGCGCCCACUGCUAUCCAAUACUAUCAAUCUUACAUCGGUUUUGCCAAGAUCAGUAUAUGUUGGCUUUGCCUCUGCAACCAGCACCGUAAGAUCCAUACACCGCAUUAUCGGCUGGAGUUUCAAUCCAAAUGGGGAGGCUAAACCACUUAACUACUCAGUGUUGUCUGAAAUUAUACAAGAUGUUCGACGCGAUGCUCAAAGUCGCUCCCAUGUCCCUAAGGGUGUUCUUAUACCAGUUAUUAUUGUGUCGGUGUUCAUCACAACUGUUGUUAUUGUCGCUAUUUAUGUUUAUAUGAAGAAAGCAAGGCAAAGUGGUGAUUGGGAAAUUGAUUGUGGGUCAGCAUCCUUCACAUAUAAAGAUCUUGCUGCUGCAACUAACAGUUUCAGUGACAAGAUGCUUCUUGGGAAAGGAGGAUUUGGGAAAGUGUACAAAGGGCUGCUGCAAACCUCGAAGCAAAAUGUUGCCAUCAAGCGGGUUUCACCAGAGUCAAAGCAGGGGAUGAAGGAAUUCAUAGCUGAGAUAACCAUCCUAGGCCAUCUCCACCAUCGCAACCUUGUGCAAUUGCUCGGUUAUUGUCGCAACAAGAGCGAGCUCCUUCUGGUUUACGAUUACAUGCCAAAUGGUAGUCUGGACAGAGUUUUGCAUGGUCGAGAUAAGCAGACUGUAGGCUGGGUUCACAGAUUCAACAUUAUAAAAGGCAUUGCAGCUGGUCUUUGCUACCUCCACGAGGAUUGGGAGAAGGUAGUCAUCCAUCGAGACAUCAAAGCAAGCAACGUGCUCCUCGACAAUGAAAUGAACGGUAGAUUGGGUGAUUUUGGUCUGGCAAGAUUACACAACCAUGGUACAGAUGCCCACACCACACAUUUGGCUGGCACCUGGGGGUACAUUGCUCCGGAGCUGUCUAGGCUAGGAAGGGCAACCAAGGCAACUGACGUCUUUGCAUUCGGUGUCUUCAUGUUGGAGGUUGUUUGUGGGAGGCGUCCAAUACAAGUGAAUGAUUCUGAUGGUGAGCCAGUGCUGCUGACAGACUGGGUGGUUGAUGCAUGGGAGAGUGGUUCAAUCCUCAAUACGGUAGACCCGAAAUUAGAAGAUUAUCUCAGUGAGGAAGCAGAGUUAGUACUAAAGCUUGGCUUGCUCUGCUCACACUCAGCACAAAGUGCUAGGCCAUGCAUGCGCCUAGUUAUGCAAUACCUUUCAAAGGAUGUGCUACUCCCUGAUUACCAGCCAAGUUUUUUGAGCCUUACUAGCAGGGAUGAAGAAUUUGGGCAGCAUAUCCUGUCAUGCCCAUCUGUGGCGGCGACCAUGACAGGACUUUCUGGAGGAAGAUGAUGCAUAUUUAGUUCUAUGGUUUUUGCAAUAACCUAUGUUUACAGAUAUACUCUGUUGUCGAACUUUCAUCUGAAGGAUUAGUUACACCUGAAAACCAAGUAUAGCGUUUUAUAAACUAAGGGUACAGAUAAAGGUUUCUUUUCUGGAUGCCUCUCAUUUGA